CGUUUCCAUUGGCUGCGCCCUCUGGCGGUCAGUGUACUGGUCGCUUCCGCCUCCAUCCGGGCUUUUGCGUUGACCCGCGAUGUGACCCAUCCGUACGGCAAAUAUGGCGGAGCCUUCUCUUGGGAAUGCAAGCCCAGGAGGCUCGGCUGCAUCUGAUGACCAUGAGUUCGAUCCAUCGGCUGACAUGUUGGUUCAUGAGUUUGACGACGAGAGGACGUUGGAAGAGGAGGAGUUAAUGGAAGGGGAAGUGAAUUUCACCUCUGAGAUUGAGCAUCUAGAAAGAGAAAGUGAGAUGCCAAUUCAUGAGUUGCUGAGACUCUAUGGCUACGGCAGCACAGUACCUAUGCCUGGAGAAGAUGAAGAGGAUGAUGAAGAAGAAGAAGAAGAAGAAGAGGAGGAAGAGGAAGAUAAUGAUGGAAACAGCGGCUGUAGUGGAGAACAUAAGGAUGAAGCCAUUAAAGAUUCAUCUGGUCAGGAAGAUGAGACUCGUUCCUCUAAUGACGACCCCACACCAGUUACUCAAGAAACGCAAGAAGUUAUCCGUCCUCGACGCUGCAAGUAUUUUGAUGCAAAUAAUGAAAUUGAAGAAGAAUCUGAGGACGAUGAAGAUUACAUUCCAUCAGAAGACUGGAAAAAAGAGAUUAUGGUGGGGUCUAUGUUUCAAGCUGAAAUCCCAAUUGGAAUCUCUAGAUACCGAGAAACAGAAAAGGUGUAUGAAAAUGACGACCAAUUACUGUGGAACCCAGAUUUUGUAGUGGAGGAAAGAGUGAUUGAGUUUCUGAAUGAAGCAUCAAGAAGGACUGGGGAGGAGAAAGGUCUGGAUGCUAUCCCUGAAGGAGCACAUAUAAAGGACAAUGAACAGGCCCUUUAUGAACUGGUGAAGUGUAAUUUUGAUACAGAAGAAGCUUUGAGAAGAUUAAGGUUUAAUGUGAAAGCAGCACGUGAAGAACUUUCUGUAUGGACUGAAGAAGAAUGCCGGAAUUUUGAGCAAGGUCUGAAAGCAUAUGGAAAAGAUUUCCAUUUGAUACAAGCAAACAAGGUGAGAACACGAUCAGUUGGAGAAUGUGUGGCUUUUUACUACAUGUGGAAGAAGUCGGAGCGGUAUGACUUCUUUGCACAACAAACAAGAUUUGGCAAAAAGAAGUACAACCUACACCCUGGUGUAACGGAUUAUAUGGACCGGCUUCUGGAUGAAAGUGAAAGUGCCGCAUCUAGUCGGGCUCCGUCCCCACCACCUACUACCUCUAACAGUAGCACCAGCCAGUCUGAGAAGGAGGACAGCACAGCUGCCAACACUAACCAGAAUGGGGUCGCUGUUAAUGGUCCUUCUGAGGUCUCCACUUAUAAAGAUGAUGCCACUCUAGGAGGAGUUCACCUAAAUGGCCCCAGCGCUGAUGACACAGACACCAAUGGCUACAACCGUGACACUUUAUCCAGUGAUUCCAAAUUGAGCCAUGCUAACAACAGCUGUGAUAAAGAGCUGGAUGACACCAAUGAACGCUCCGCAAAGAGACGGCGGGUUGACAGCCCUGGAAAAGACAGUCCCGGAUCAUCGGAAAUUUCUCAGGAAAUAUUUUCACAAGGAGAGGUUUAAAGUAUGUUCCUCCUCGCCCGUCAGUGGUUGAGACAUUUUUGAAGUAUGUUUUUAGGGUUCUUGAAAUUUCAGGGUUCAACUGGUUAUUUAACAAGCUCUAUUUUAAUUUUUUUCUUUUUUAUAUAUAUAUAUAUAUAUUUUUUCAUUGUUUCUUCUGAUCCAAAAAAACCCCAAAACAUUUCAGCCACAUUGUUUUGGGAUUUUAUAUCAUCUUUUUGAGAAAUAAUGGAAGGACCUUCAGAAUGUAACAUUCAUAUACCACAACAUAGGCGUGAAUAGUUGCUGGUACCAUAGUAUUUACAUUUUCUGCAUUAUUUGGGAAGAAUUUAUUAUUUUUUAUUUUAUCUUGCCGGAUUUGAAAUUGCUAAGAAAGGUGGACCCUGAAUGUUGUAGGCACCAAUUUUAUAGGUAGAAGUUAAGAAUAAACCAAAUAAGGUUUGUGUAUGUAAAUUAUUGACAUCAAUGAUGUCUUUUUCUAUUGCUAUCUGGGCUGAAAAAAGAUACGUGGUGUAUUUUUCCAGAUUUCUUCGUAGCCUUUGAGAGAUUUUUACAGUAACUAUGUUUUGAAUGAACUGCCCUUUCUUAAACAAAGCUUGUAUAAUUUUCUUAACUUGUACAGUUGAUAAACUUUUAUGAGAAAUGAA